AUGCUGUCUGCACUGUUUACUCACUUGAUUAAUCCCCUAGCCUUCAUUGUCCCAAUCCUUCUAGCCGUUGCCUUCCUAACCCUUCUUGAACGAAAAGUCCUGGGCUAUAUGCAACACCGAAAAGGUCCAAACAUUGUUGGCCCCUACGGCCUCCUUCAACCCAUCGCUGACGGAGUAAAACUUUUUAUUAAAGAGCCCGUACGACCAUCAACCUCCUCCCCCGUUCUUUUCCUGCUCGCCCCAAUUCUCGCCCUCACACUUGCCCUUACCCUAUGAGCCCCCAUACCACUUCCUUAUUCUGUUAUUGACCUCAACCUAGGAAUUCUUUUCAUCUUAGCCCUCUCCAGCCUUGCAGUCUACUCUAUUCUCGGAUCAGGCUGAGCAUCCAAUUCAAAGUAUGCCCUCAUCGGGGCCCUACGGGCUGUCGCCCAGACUAUUUCUUACGAAGUAAGCCUAGGGCUUAUUCUUCUGUCAACAAUUAUCUUUACUGGAGGCUUUACCCUCCAAAUUUUUAAUGUUGCUCAAGAAAGUAUUUGACUUAUUCUCCCGGCAUGACCCCUAGCUGCAAUAUGAUAUGUCUCCACACUGGCAGAAACUAACCGUGCUCCCUUUGACCUCACUGAAGGUGAGUCAGAACUUGUCUCUGGUUUUAAUGUUGAAUAUGCAGGAGGCCCAUUCGCCCUAUUUUUCUUAGCCGAAUAUGCUAAUAUUCUCCUCAUAAAUACACUCUCUGCCACACUAUUCUUGGGAGCUACCCACCUCCCUGCAUUUCCUGAACUGACUGCAAUAAACCUCAUAACUAAAGCCGCACUACUAUCAGUAGUGUUCCUAUGAGUACGAGCCUCUUACCCCCGAUUCCGAUAUGACCAACUAAUACACUUAACCUGAAAAAACUUCCUCCCUUUAACCCUGGCCAUAGUCAUCUGACACCUCUCCCUCCCCAUUGCACUCGCGGGCCUUCCCCCCCACCUUUAA